AUUAAGGAAAGACAAACUAGAAAAGAAGGCAAAAAUUUCCACUAUUUGAAUAUGUUAACCAAUGAGAUGCAGCCGUACACAAGCAUAUUUGUUCCAGCUAUCAGCUGAUUCCAACCUAUAAAUUUAGUUCUAUGCUAUAUUUACUCUAACAUCAUAUCUCCACCAAAUUUAGUUCAUAGAUCACAUGCGGACAAGCCAAAGCCACUUUGAAGUUGAAAUGACAAAUUUACCCUCAGUUCUUAGACAUAUUUUCCUCUGCAUGUCCUAAUCAACAACUUCAACUGAAGAAGCUUCAAGAUCCACUUACAGUUUUAUACUUCAUUCUUUUUUGCUAAUACUCAGCUCUAUUAAGCUGUUUAGCUUCGUGGGUUCUCUUCAAAAUCUUGAUUUUUCAUCUUUGUUUGGAGAUAUAGCUUGAUUUUUCUGUUGCUAUAAGGUCUGUUUUACAACUUAAUGUUCAUUCUUGGUGUACAUAUAGAUGGUGAAUAGGUUGAAGUUGAAUUCUUUUGGCCAUUUUAGGCCUAAAGAUUUGAACUUUGGCAAGUUGAAGCAUUGUCACACUUGGGUUUUUCAUUCUUUCAAUAGGGUCCUUGUAAUUGGAUCCUUAUUAUUGUUGUUUCUUGUGGCAAUAGGGUAUGGUUAUUUCUACAAUACAAAUUCUUUUCCACAACCAAUUGUUCUUGAAAAUGCAGGAGAUAAUAGAACAAAUACUAACUUUAGUGGUGAAUGCAAUUUAUUUGUUGGAAAUUGGGUGCCUGAUGAAAGUUAUCCUUUGUACAAUGCAUCAGAAUGUCCAUUUGCUGAACAAGGUUUUAGUUGUUUAGAUAAUGGUAGGAAGGAUAAAGAGUAUCUCAAGUGGAGGUGGAAACCUAGGAAUUGUGAAAUUCCAAGGUUUGAUGUUUAUGUAAUCUUGGAAAAGUUAAGGGGAAAAAGAAUUGUCUUUGUUGGUGAUUCAUUAAGUAGAACUCAAUGGGAGUCUAUGAUAUGCAUAUUGAUGAGUGGUGUUGAGGACAAGAAGAGUGUAUAUGAAGUCAAAGGAAGAAAGAUCACUAGACAGAUUAGGCAUUUACAAGUGCGAUUUAGCCCCUUUAAUUUUACAGUUGAGUUUUAUAGGUCAAUUUUCCUAGUACAACCUGGAUCGCCACCAAAACGAUCACCAAAGAGGAUCAAGAAAGCACUAAUGCUUGAUAAGUUGGAUGACAUAAACAAGGAAUGGAUUGAUUCUGAUAUUCUAGUUUUUAAUACCGGUCAUUGGUGGACUCCCACGAAGCUUUUUGAACUGGGCUGGUACUUCCAGAUUGAUGGAAAGAUGAAACUCGGAAUGACAAUAAAUGGUGCCUUCAAUAAAGCCUUAACUACUUGGCAAUCAUGGAUCGAGAAUAAGAUCAACGCUGAUAGAACACGUGUAUUCUUUCGGACUUUUGAAGCUACUCAUUGGAGUGCUGGACCCCUUGAAAAAUGCAACGUGACACGACAGCCCUGGUCGGACACCAACGGCAAGGAUAAGAGUGCAUUUUCGGACAUGAUAAUUGAUACUGUGAAAAAUGUAGCAAUCCCUGUGACACUGCUGCAUGUCACUCCAAUGGGGGCAUACCGAAGUGAUGCACAUGUUGGUAAUUGGAGUGACAAUCCAUCAGUUCCAGAUUGUAGCCAUUACUGCUUACCUGGUGUGCCUGAUAUGUGGAACGAACUGCUUUUCACCUUUCUAUUUUCGGAACAGCAAUAUCAGAUUCAUUAGCUUCAUGAUUAUAUGCAAGUACGUUUCUAUUCUUUUCGUACUGAUUCGAUAUUUCUCGGAAUAUCUGUUAGUUAAUUAUUCGGGCUUGAACCCGUUGUCCUCUGUUCGAUAGUUUGAUUUCAACAUUUGUUUACAUUCACUUUAUUACCUUUACCACACGAAAGUUUUGGUCAUUUGUGAGCGAAAAAGGGGCCGCCGUGGGGGAGAGAUUGAAGUGUUUUUUUUUUUUUUUUUUUUUUGUGUGUGUGUGUGUGUGUAGUGGUCUACAUAAACAGUGAUGAUUCCUAUAUCCAGUCUCAAAGUAAUUGAGAUUAA